AUGAUACUGGAUUUCACAUUGGAUUCAUCUAAUAAUUUAUCAUUUUUGAAUGAAAUCAGAAAUCCAAUGGAUGUAAAAUUGAAAAUAUUUUAAUCUAUUGUGAAUGCCAUUAUGUUGAUGCUUGUUUAUUCAGAUUUGGGUGAAUAUAAUGAAGGAUUGCAAAAUAGAUUUGGAGCCUUGUUCUUUAUUUGUACAGCUAAUGCAUUUGGUGGAAUUCAAGGAGCAUUGCAUACAUUUUCAAUGGAAAGACCCUUGUUUUUAAGAGAAAGAAUAAACAAAACCUAUAGUGUUCACUCAUUCUUUUGGGCAAGAUCACUCGCUGAAUUUCCAUUCCAAAUAGUUUAUCCUUCCCUUUGUGUUAUAAUAGUCUACUAUGUUAUUGGAUUAAGCGAUGAAAAUGUAGGCAAAUUCUUCAUGCUUAUUUUCGUCUAAUUCUUAACAUAUUAAUACGCUGUCUCAUAUGGAUUGCUAUUAUCAACUGUUAUUCCAAAGAUUGAAGUGGCUACAGCACUAGUCCCUGCUUUGGUUAUUCCAUUUAUGAUUUUGGGAGGUUUCUUUGUGAAUCAAGACAAUAUCCCUUAUAUAUUCUACCCUUUCACCUACUUAUCAAUGUUCAAGUAUGGGUUUGAGGCAGCAGUCAUUAAUGAAUUUGAUGACGUUAUUUACGAAUGUAUGCCAGGUUAACAAUGCUCACCAGUUGAUAUGUUGUCUAUCACCUUGACAAAAUGGGAAUGCUGCUAUAUAUUAAUUGGAUUAGCUAUAGGAAUCAGAAUGUUUGCCUAUUUAGCACUUCAUUUAAUAUCCAGUCCAGAAAAACCAAAAUUAUAAGCCCCUGAGAGCAUGUAGAUAAAGAACAAUCAAAAAUGA